UUUUAGCCAUGGUGGCGGUCGCCAUGGCUGUAUGUAGACAACAUGUUUGAAAGCCUUCCAGCUAGUCCACACAAAAUCAAAAGGCAUAUUUUACUGAGGGAAAUAUGUUGACUCAUGUUUAACGAGUUGUUGAAUUCCUCUUUUGCUUUAGUGGCUCACGUUUGAAACAUUUUUCAAGGCUUUUGAACCUUUCUACGCCAGAAAAAAUAUCAAAAAAUAAAAAGAAAACGAGGGAAUCUGUACUGCUUUCUGAUUCAUGUUUGGACGCGGGUGUUUUUGUUUUUUUCUUCCUUUUUCAUUCACAAGGCCAAAUGUGGGGACGCUACACUUCAACUACCAUUCAGCUUUGGCGAUAGAAAUGCAACACUAUAAGACUGAGUUUUCUCGAGGCUGUAUAGUUCACAUCUUCCAAAGACUUUCUCAAGGAUCUGCUCUGAAUUUUCCACUGGCCUUUUGAAACUUCCCACGUUGGGUGAAUCAUCUUCAUGGAUCAUGGUGCUGCAGCAAAGCCCUCAGUAUUAGGAUUGUUAAAUCCUUCACCGCAAACCAAUCAAAAAGCUUCCCUCAAGAGAAAACGAUACCGCCGGUGUAGAAGUGCCCCGGUAGCAGCAUGUACGCAUCCACAUCCUGCUGGCCCUGACUCACUGCACCGCUCUCAAAUCAUUAGCCGUAAACUCCACCCAAAUGUUGUUAAAGUGAUCGCUGUCUUGGCCCUUUACCUUGGUGCUGGCACUGUAAUCUUCUACCUCACCAGGCAUCACAUGAGGGGGAAGAAAACAAAUGGAGUUGUAGAUGCUGUCUAUUUCUGUAUUGUAACAAUGAGCACAGUCGGGUAUGGAGACAUCGUCCCGAACAGCGUUGCUACAAAGCUACUUGCCUGUGCUUUUGUCUUCAUAGGGAUGGCUCUCAUAGCACUAGGCUUGAGCAAAGCCGCAGACUAUCUGGUAGAGAAGCAGGAAAUGUUACUAGUUAGAGCCUUGCAUAUGAACCAAAAUGUUGGUACGGUUGAAAUGAUGAGGGAGAUGGAAACCAACAGAGUGAAAAACAAAUGUCUAGUGAUGUCUCUUAUUCUUGUGGUGGUUAUCAUUGCUGGGACAGUCUUUCUAGCUGAAGUGGAGGGAAUGAGCUUCGUUGAUGCAUUUUAUUGUGUUUGUUGUACCAUCACAACCCUGGGCUAUGGAGAUGUGAGCUUCACCACCCAAGGAGGGAGGGUUUUCGCGAUAUUUUGGAUAUUGACCGGUAGUAUUUCUUUAGCUCAGUUGCUCUUCUACAUUGCUGAGCUUAAUACCGAGAGAAGACAGAAGAAAUUAGUGAAGUGGGUGCUUGGCCGGCAGAUGACAAAACUAGAUUUGGAGGCUGCUGAUCUUGACGAAGAUGGGGUUGUCGAUGUGUCUGACUUCAUCAUCUAUAAGCUCAAAGAGAUGGGGAAGAUCAGCCAAAAAGAUAUUGCAAUUGUAAUGAAGGAGUUUCAAGAACUAGACGUCGACCAAUCAGGAACAUUGUCUAACACUGACGUACAGCUUGCUCAAUUAUCUUAACAUGGUGAGCUACCAAGACCACGAUAGAGAGGUAACUUGCGGGUAAACGAGUGCAGAAAAUUUGUAUUAGUUGUCUCAGUGCCACUCUAUCUAAUUCAUACAUACUACCACGUUGAUACAAUAAAGAAAAGCAAUUAAUUUUUACAUUGUACCCUCACUAGGUAUAUAUUUUAAGAAAGAUAUAUUUCUUCUGUACUUGGACUCUCUGAUAAUUAAAAUUCGAAGUGGAAGAAGUAAUUAUCUCA